CGUGGCAAAUCCGUGACUGCUUUCGUGCUGUGCCACCACUCCAGGGACCUGUGCCUGGGCUGGAGAUGAGCACUGAGUGAAGCCGGGACUGGAAGGGGUGCGCGUGUGGUUAGGGCACGCUGCUUUACCCACACCAAGAGAGGGAGCUCCACAAAGUCUUUGAGCUCAAUUGACCUUAUUUUUCGGCUUGACAGGUAUUUAGAGAAGACAAUCCGCUCAGCCGUGGAGCAGCAUCUCUUUGAUGUUCAUGGCUCAGGCGGCCAGAGUUCAGAGGACUCUGAAUCGGGAACAUCUUCAGCCUCUUCUAAUGUGUCUGCCAGGCAGAGGAGGCGACACCACAAAGAGCAGGAGGAAGCCCGGAGAAACAGAGACAUGGAAGUUGUCAACAAAGAAAACAUUCCCUCUGGAUUUGGCAAUCUUGAAGACUGUAUUCUAGCUGCUCAAGAAGUAGAAAAAUUACAAGACAACAGCUCCGGAUAUCUUAGUGAAAGGAAUAAACCAAAACGGCAGAAAUCCAGCACCAAGCUUUCAGAGCUUAAUGACAACCAGGACAGUCCUGUGAGUAUGGAAAGCUUUAGCUCAUCCAGGCCUAUAGACAGAACAGGACCUGAUGACAUGGAAAUUUUAUCUGAAGAAAGCAAAGAAAGUGAAAACGAUGAGGUUUUUUUCAGGCACUCUCAGCUGACUUCAGGUAUGAAGAUUCAAGAGCAUCCAAGCGUUCCUGAAAACAAGUUGCAAAGAAAUCAAGAUGGUGAUGAUCAGGAAAACAGCUUUGUGUCAGAAGUGCCUCGGCUGGAUUUGACAGCACUGUGUGAUGACAGCAACUGGGAAGAGCCCAUCCCUGCUCUUUCCUCAUGGCAGCGAGACGGCUUAGACUCAGAUGAGGCUCGCCUUUCCCCGCAGGCCGGUCGCUUAAUUCGCCAGCUCCUGGAUGAGGACAGUGAUCCUAUGCUGUCCCCUCGCUUCUAUGCCUAUGGACAGAGCCAACAGUACCUGGAUGAUACAGAAGUGCCUCCUUCCCCUCCCAAUUCUCAUUCCUUCAUGAGGAGGCGGAGUUCAUCUUUGGGAUCUUACGAAGAUGACAGAGAGGACCUUACCCCUGCACAGCUCACCCGGAGGAUUCAGGGACUGAAGAAAAAGAUCAGGAGAUUUGAGGACAAAUUCGAAGAGGAGAGGAAAUACAGACCUUCCCACAGCGACAAAGCAGCCAACCCUGAAGUGCUCAAAUGGACAAAUGAUUUGGCCAAAUUCCGAAAGCAACUUAAAGAGUCAAAACUGAAGAUAUCGGAGGAAGACCUUGGCCCUGUUGUGCGUCAGCGGAGCAACACGCUCCCCAAGAGCUUCGGCUCUCAGCUCGAAAAGGAUGAUGAGAAGAAGCAAGACGUGUCAGAUAAAUCUGCCAAGCCUGCUGUGGAAGCGACUCUUGAUUCUAUCCAGAAGAAGCUUCAAGAAAAACGAAUGGAGACAAACCGACCUGAAGAUAUUAAGGACAUGACAAGAGAUCAGAUAGCAGCUGAAAAAGUGGCUCUUCAAAAAGCUUUGCUGUAUUACGAAAGCAUUCAUGGCAGACCG